AUGCUCACCAAGUCCUUCGCACGCGCGUACAGCUCGAGGGCCUCUGCUCACCUACGAGCGCGUCCUCACUCAAAGAUCACCCUAUCUGAACAACCUGCCGCUACCCGCUGGCUCAAUACCUCGCCCAAGCUCGGCGUCGACAUCGACUCUGCCUCCACUGCGGCGUCGGGUGGCACAAUUGCCGACAUCUUCGCCUCUCUCUCGGGCAAAUCGCUCCAAGAUGCCCUCCCUCCCCGUUUUGCCAAUCUGAAGCGCCAAAUCAUCAGUAGCCAUCCAAAUUUCCAGCAACACCUCGAAAAGUCUUGGUCUGAACUGCUUCCACGACUGGCUGUAGAGGUGGAGACUAUUGCGAGGGGACAACAGAGCGUUAUACCCGAGGUGCAUUGGCCGGGGGAAGAGGUUGCGCGGGCGGGAUUGGCGGGCUGGAUGUCAUCCCGCACACAGGAAGAGGUGCGUAAGCGCGGAGUAGUCAUUGUGAGAGACGUGGUGCCGUCGGCAAUGGCGUUGAGGUGGAAGGAGGAGAUUCGAGAGUAUGCUUCUCGCAAUGGCGCCAAGGGAUUCCCAGCUGAGGAUCCGCAGGUGUUUGAGCUCUACUGGAGUCGAGCUCAACUGGCAGCGCGCUCUCACCCUGCCUUGUUGACUGCCUCGCGUUCCAUCCUCGAGAUGUGGCGUCGACCUCGUACAAUGGAGAAGAGUGAUGAAGCACCAAAGGCUGGUACGCUCACUGUUGAACAGAUGGCCGACAUGAGCACUCCCUUGACGUAUGCGGAUCGUCUGCGCAUUCGCUCCCCGGGCGAUGCGACGUUUGCAUUGGGACCUCACAUCGAUGGAGGGGGUAUUGAGAGAUGGGAGGACCCCACUUUCCUCUCCCUCUGGCAGGACAUCCUAUCCCCCUCCGCUCUCGGCUGGCAGCACUUCAACAAUUGGUCCCUCGGAACUCAUGGAGAACGCAUGACGGCGCGUACAGGCAUGUACAACGGACCAGGCCAGUGCACCAUCUUUCGACCUCUGCAGGGUUGGCUCUCCAUGUCUCGUACAGGACCGGGAGAGGGCACACUAAGGGUGCUGCCCAACUUGCGAGAAGUGACGGCGUACAUUAUCAUGCGGCCCUUCUUCCAGGCACGGUCAUCAGUUCGGGAGGGGCGUUGGGGUCAAGAAGAGGAACAGGCAGAGGCGAUGGAUGGAUACCUUGCACCGUCCAAUUGGGUCUUCGAUGGCUCCUCCAGUCGCUUCCCCGGCUGCCUCGUAGGACAGAAUCUCGAGCUCUCACCCGCUACGCACCCGCACCUAAGACUAGAGGAAACCAUGAUUUCCCUCCCGCAAGUCAAUCCAGGGGAUUUAGUCCUCUGGCACUGCGAUGCAGUUCAUUCUGUCGAGGCGGCUCAUACCGGUCAGAGUGACUCCUCUGUGAUGUACAUCCCUGCCGUACCACUUACGGCCAACAAUUGGCGGUACGUUCUGCAACAAGCAAAGGCGUUUCGACAAGGCAGACCACCUUCGGAUUUCCCUUCUGGAGAUGGUGAGGUGGGGUUUGAAGGUCGGGGAAAGGAAGACGAUGUGCAUGGGGAGGCGGCUCGAACGGCAAUGGGCCUUGGCCCGAUCAGAGGCGCUCCCGUCGAUGACGCUGUGCAGAAGCUGAGGGCGUACUGCAACGCGACUCUGGCAGCGGAAGGCAAGUGA